CGGCGGGGGCCUGCAGCCCGGCCGGGGCGGCAUGUCGGCGGCGGCGGCGGGGCCCGUGGCGCAGGGCCUCAAGGAGGCGCUGGUGGAGACGCUGACCGGCAUCCUGUGCCCCGUGCAGGCUGUGCGCGCCGCGGCCGAGGAGCAGGUGAAGGUGCUGGAGGUGACCGAGGAAUUUGGUGUUCAUUUAGCAGAACUGACAGUAGAUCCCCAGGGAGCUCUGGCUAUUCGUCAGCUAGCAUCUGUCAUUUUGAAACAAUAUGUGGAAACUCACUGGUGUUCCCACUCAGACAAGUUUAGGCCUCCAGAAACUACCGAAAGGGCAAAAGUUGCCAUUAGGGAGCUGCUACCCAACGGGCUGAGAGAGUCGAUCAGCAAAGUACGUUCAAGUGUUGCCUAUGCAGUUUCAGCUAUAGCCCAUUGGGACUGGCCUGAAGCCUGGCCAGAGCUGUUCAAUCUGUUGAUGGAAAUGCUGGUUAGCGGGGAUGUGAAUGCAGUCCAUGGAGCUAUGAGAGUGCUUACAGAGUUUACCCGGGAAGUGACAGACACACAGAUGCCUCUCGUCGCUCCUGUUAUUCUUCCUGAAAUGUAUAAAAUUUUCACAAUGGCAGAGGUUUAUGGUAUUCGCACAAGAUCACGUGCAGUGGAGAUCUUCACCACAUGUGCCCAUAUGAUCUGUAACAUGGAAGAGCUAGAGAAAGGUGCAGCCAAAGUGUUGAUUUUUCCUGUGGUGCAGCAGUUCACAGAGGCCUUUGUUCAGGCUCUUCAGAUGCCUGAUGGGCCUACGUCAGACAGUGGAUUUAAGAUGGAGGUCUUAAAGGCUGUGACAGCACUAGUGAAGAACUAUCCUAAGCACAUGGUUUCCUCUAUGCAGCAGGUCCUUCCUAUUGUUUGGAAUACCCUUACGGAAAGUGCAGCCUUCUAUGUGAGAACAGAAGUAAAUUACACAGAAGAAGUAGAGGACCCUGUAGACUCUGAUGGUGAAGUAUUGGGCUUUGAAAACCUUGUGUUCAGCAUAUUUGAAUUUGUUCAUGCCUUGUUGGAAAACCACAAAUUUAAAAGCACAGUGAAAAAAGCUUUGCCUGAGCUGAUCUACUACAUCAUUCUUUACAUGCAAAUUACAGAGGAGCAGAUAAAAGUCUGGACUGCAAAUCCACAGCAGUUUGUAGAGGAUGAAGAUGAUGACACAUUUUCUUAUACAGUAAGGAUCGCUGCACAAGACUUGUUGCUGGCUGUGGCUGCUGACUUCCAGAAUGAGAGUGCAACUGCUUUGGCUGCAGCUGCUACAAGACAUUUACAAGAAGCUGAACAGGCUAAAAACAGUGGUGCUGAGCAUUGGUGGAAGAUACAUGAAGCCUGCAUGCUGGCUCUAGGCUCUGUGAAAUCUAUCAUUACAGACAGUGUGAAGAAUGGUAGAGUUCAUUUUGAUAUGCAUGGUUUCCUCACAAAUGUUGUUCUUGCCGACCUCAACUUGUCAGUCUCUCCUUUCCUGCUGGGCCGAGCUCUUUGGGCUGCCAGUCGUUUCACGGUUGCUAUGUCUCCAGAACUAAUCCAGCAGUUCCUACAGGCUACAGUCAGUGGUCUCCAUGAGACCCAGCCCCCUUCUGUCCGGAUUUCUGCUGUCAGGGCUAUCUGGGGUUACUGUGACCAGCUGAAGAGCUCUGAAAGCACACAUGUAUUGCAGCCUUUCCUUCCCAGUAUCCUUGAUGGACUGAUCCACUUGGCAACUCAGUUCAGUUCAGAAGUCUUAAAUCUUGUGAUGGAAACACUCUGCAUUGUCUGUACAGUAGACCCAGCUUUUACAGCAAGUGUGGAGAACAAGAUCUGUCCCUUCACUAUUGCAAUCUUCCUUAAGUAUAGUAAUGAUCCAGUUGUAGCCUCUCUUGCCCAAGAUAUCUUCAAAGAGCUAGCUCAGAUAGAAGCCUGCCAAGGUCCAAUGCAGAUGAGACUAAUCCCAACUCUUGUCAGCAUCAUGCAGGCUCCUGCUGAUAAGAUUCCAGCAGGACUUUGUGCAACUUCUAUUGAUAUAUUAACUACAGUUGUGAGGAAUACAAAACCACCUCUGUCCCAGCUCCUGAUUUGCCAAGCAUUCCCUGCUGUGGCUCAGUGCAGCCUGAACACGGAUGACAAUGCUACCAUGCAGAAUGGUGGUGAGUGUCUACGUGCAUAUGUCUCAGUAGCAUUAGAACAGAUUGCACAAUGGCAUGAUGAGCAAGGCCACAACGGGCUGUGGUACGUGAUGCAGGUAGUGAGCCAACUUCUGGAUCCGCGGACCUCAGAGUUCACAGCUGCUUUUGUGGGCAGGCUAGUCUCCACACUGAUUUCCAAAGCAGGAAGUGAGCUGGGAGAGAACCUGGACCAGAUACUGAGAGCGAUCCUUAGCAAAAUGCAACAAGCAGAGACACUCAGCGUAAUGCAGUCUUUGAUCAUGGUAUUUGCUCACCUGGUUCACUCUCAGCUGGAGCCACUUUUAGAGUUCCUCUGUAGUCUCCCUGGGCCAACUGGCAAGCCUGCCUUAGAAUUUGUAAUGGCUGAAUGGAUGAGUCGCCAGCACUUGUUUUAUGGACAAUAUGAAGGCAAGGUCAGCUCUGUUGCAUUGUGUAAACUCCUCCAAUAUGGCAUCAACACAGAUGAUAAGCGACUUCAGGACAUUAGGGUAAAGGGGGAAGAAAUAUUCAAUAUGGAUGAGGGAAUACGCACACGGUCCAAAUCGGCCAAAAAUCCUGAACGCUGGACAAACAUUCCUUUGUUGGUAAAAAUCUUAAAACUAAUAAUAAAUGAGCUUUCUAAUGCAAUGGAAGCAAAUGCAUCUCGACAGACAGCAGCAGACUGGAGUCAAGAUGACUCCAAUGAUAUGUGGGAAGAUCAAGAUGAAGAAGAGGAUGAAGAUGAAGGUUUAGCAGGACAGCUUUUAUCAGAUAUUCUUUCCACAAAUAAAUAUGAUGAGGAUUACUAUGAAGAUGAUGAAGAGGAUGAUCCAGAUGCAUUAAAGGACCCUCUUUACCAAAUAGAUCUACAGGCCUAUCUCACUGACUUCCUGUGUCAGUUUGCACAGCAACCGUGCUAUGCAGUGUUCUCAGACCACCUCAAUGAGAAUGAGAAAAGAGUACUACAGGCUAUUGGGAUAUAAAAAUAAUCAAGAGAUCACAUGGAUCAUACCCGGAUAUUUUUUUUUUCUGGCUUAUUCCAUAUAUUUUUUGAUAAAACACACAGCAUUUUCCAGUGUUUACCUUCUGUUACAAAUGUGAUCAUCCUCAUCGCAAAAUGUUGAGCUUCAUUAAUUACCACAAAUCUGUUAAUGGAAGGAUUAUUAAGAAGGUAACAAAGACUGACGUCUGUAGAGCUUUGCACACUUUUCACCAUGGGAACACUUUCCUUUUUCAUAACAACUUUCCAGGAAGUCUUUAAUGUGUCCUUAAAUUCACUUAAAAAAACAAAAACUUUGCCUCAGAAGAGAUACUUAACUGAAUUUCACAUAACACUGUUGGACAGAGGAAGCAAUUGUCACUGGUAGGUUGCUUGGACAUGUCUUGAGAAAUUGGAAGGUUUGUCCAUCUUAGCAUUUGCAUAACACUUACAGGGUAAAUAUCUUACAUUGUGACUUCUUUUUAUAGAACUAUAGACACUUUUAUUAAAGAAAUGCCUGAAUGGUAUGAAUACUGUUUACAGGAAUUUAAAUGGGAAGCUGAAACAAUAAAAAUUAAAUGAACA